GUGCGCGAAGAUGUCCUUGGCUCUGGAUCCUAUUCCGAGGUAGUGAGGGUGACUCGCACUCGAGGGUCGCCGGGAGCAAAGGCCUCGUCCUAUGCCAUGAAGAUCUUAUCGAAACGGCAAAUACGAGAACGCAAACUCGAGGUCCAGCUAAUGCGAGAGGUGAAGAUUCAGAUGCAAGCGAGCAAACAUCGGAAUCUGGUCUCGCUAUUUCAUUACUUAUGAUGACCUGCUCCACUAGAUGUAGGUGAAGGUGUAGUGUAAGUAUCGUAGUGUAAGUUCUGCCUCUCCGUUUCAUGGGCUCUUCUAGUUCCUACUUUUUCUCUGUGCACCAGGUGGUGCCACUCCUCAUCUUUGUCCCCUCUCUCUUUCUUUCUCUCCCCCCGUUCGUUCUCCUCUCGCUAGAAGUACCCAAGACUCGUUCAUGUCCCUUCGAAGAUGCAGCGAGCGUCUACUUGAUUUUAGAGUGCGCGGACCGGGGUCACUUGUUGCAGUACAUGAGGAGAUUUCCGAGACUGCAGAUCGUGCCGAUUGACGCUGCUCUUCGGUUUUUCGUUCAUGUUUGUCUCGGAGUGCAGUUUCUUCACGAGCGACUCCGCGUCAUCCAUCGAGAUUUGAAAUUGGAAAACCUUCUGCUGAUAAGGCUUAACAUUGAGAGAGUUUGAAUUUAUUUCAACGUUCUACUUCGUCGGUACGCCUAUUAUGGGAGCACAAAGGAUAUUCUUGUCCGCUUAGUAGGAAAGUAAUGCGGAAGGUCACGGAAUCUAGUGCUACUUAUCUAUCAUGUAAGUUCUUGUAUCAUGGUAGUUGGCGAAGAUCUCCAGCGUUAAUACAGUCUGCUAGUCCAGCGAGUUCGAGCAGUAGCGUUGUUGCAACAGGAAACGGCGACUCAUCGGAAUCUUUUCUUGGGAGCCAAAGCCAAUGUACUUGGGUUUGCAAAAUUGCCGAUUUCGGUUGGUCGGCUCAUGUCGAUGGGUCCCUCACGAAAGCAGCAGAUACUGUAGGUUCCUCGCAGAAAGAGCAGAAGAGUAAAAAUACAUCAGCAGGCGCAGGAGAUGAUUUCGCUGAUCCCGACCGUCGCGCAACGUUCUGUGGCACCGAAGACUACCUGUCGCCUGAGAUGCUCCUGCAGGAGACGCACAAGAUCGGGAGACCUGUGGACAUUUGGGCACUGGGGGUCGUCUUC